AGCGACUGUAAUUAAAUGUCUGUCAAUGAGUGCGACGUCACUCAUCAGGCUCCUGUUUUGCAGCCCUCUAAACCUUCGCUUGCAUCCUUGCUGUUGGCAGGUGGCCUGGGAGGAGAGCUGGAGAGCGACGCGAAGGACAGCCGGGCCCUGGAAGAGAGGAACAGCGUGACGAGCCAGGAAGAGAGAAAUGAGGAAGAUGAAGACAUGGAGGAUGAGUCAAUUUACACCUGCGAUAACUGUCAGCAGGACUUCGAUUCACUGGCAGACCUGACUGAACACAGGGCACACCACUGUCCUGGAGGUUGUCUGUUUCAAACAGCAGCAGAGCUAUAUAUGGAUAUUGCCAGCUGGGAAGCGGCUGAUUUUUCUAAACUACUGUACGGUAGGAACUAGUUUAUAAUUAAAGUCUUGCAGUUGCUCCUGUUAAAUGCCCUGUAACUUGUACACUAGGCUUGCAUUUGAAAUGAGGUAUUGUAACUAUUUCAUGCUAGUGUAUAAUUUUGCGUUUUCUCGUCUUUCACCUGCUGCAAGAAUUGUAAUUGCCAUGCAACUGUAUAUGCGGGAUGCUCAUCCAGAAACCAUACACAGCAGUUUGCCAAAAAGUGACCACAUCUCAGCAAUGCUUUCAUCAGGCAGUACUUUGUACUACUUGACUUCUACUUGACAAAUAUAGACUUUUUGAAUGUAUUUCCCAAAUUAGCCUUUCCCUAAAUUAUAAUCUUUUAUUGCACCUGAUUGGCAAGUCAUAGAUUUUCAGGUGUUUUGCUGCUGGUGUUGCUAUUUUAAAUUAAUGAAUUACUGAUCAUCCUCCUCAAAAGAAACUGAAGUACAGUUGUGAAAAAGCAGUGUGGAAACUUAAUUAUACACCUAGCUUGUACAGCUGCGGCUCUAAUGAC